AUGAAUGGAGGGGCACUGAGUAUUGUCUGUGAACAAUGCUAUGCCCCUCCAAUGCUUUGUCUUCCCUGGGUCACAGUCCACCACUGGUGGAGGAUGACCUUUCGUGCCCGGAGUUACCCAAACCCCCCAUCUGCCCCAUCGAUCCUGACACCGGCUGAUGUGUCUGGUGGACUAUCACUAUCUCGAUGUGCGGGUUCGCCCACUCCGUCUCCUCGACAGCAACCUGAGUCCAUCACCGAAGCCUGCCAAACACCGGUGGUGGAUCAACCUGAUGGCUCCUGUCAACAGCUCCCUGUUGAUGUCUUGUCAUCCCCGUCCGGCUGUGCUGCCCCAGCUGCAGUUCCUCGUGAAGCACCCCCUGCGGUGGCUGUUCGACCUCCACCUCCUCCUACUCCAUCACCUGAGGAUGACAUCAUCGCUCCUGCUGCCACCCCAGCUCCUUCGCCCAGACGGUCUCUCCGUCGGGCCAGCGUAGACCUGCGUGGCACUCAGAUUACGAGAUGUCUCUAA